GGGCUUAGAGGGGCGGCGCGCACGUGGAAACCGGGCUCGCUUCGCUCUGUCUCCGCGCUCUCCGGACGCUCGACCGGUGCUGAUCACUGCCUGCCAUGGUCGAGUUCGAGGUACACCGCGCACGGCUCUUCGCCUUUGUGCCGUCCGGGAUCCGGUGCGUGGCUGCGUCCCGCCCAUCUCACCACCGCCUGGCCGUGGGCCGCCUCGACGGCUCCCUCGAGAUCUACGACCUGCAGGCCAACAUGUUCCAGGAGAAGGUGACUCUGGCUCCCCAGUGGUUGGCAUUCAGGGGUAGACUGCCCGUGCACUUGAGGGCUCCACCUGGCACCCUUUGACAGGUCUCCACCUCUGUGAGGUUUUAAUGGCAUCUUAGCCAUUGUCUGACCCCAGAUCUUGUGGCCUUGAGUUCCACAAGCUAGUUCUUUCCUCCGUGAAGUAAUACUAGCUUAUCCAGACACAGCUGAGCUCACAGUGACAGAGAGCCCUAUGGCUCCACUGAGGCUGGGAAUUGGAGCCCCAAAGAAUUGUUUCCCUGGGGGAUGCCCUGGCUAAACAGCUAUUUGCUGGGCAUUCUUUGGGGCAAGAGGGUGGGUGGCACAGGUGACUCACCAAGCCUCUCUCUACUUUACUUCUGUAAUCAGGAGGUAUAUCAGUGUUUGGGGUUUCUGGCCGCAAAGUUCUCCAGUCUGAGCCCAGCACAGGUUCAUCCUUUGUGUGAUUCCUCCCAGCUAAAGUUUGUGUAUGUGUGUUAAAAGGAGGCCAUUGACACCCAAAGCCUACAAGAAACACCUUUCCUUAGACCAGAAAACUGUUCAGGAUUGCCUCUUGGUUUAGGGGUCCUGCACCUUCCCCUUACCUAUGACUUAUCUCUCCAGGUCAUUGCUGGCCACGAUACAAGGAUCCCAGAGGCGCUCUGCUGGGCAGCAGGAGACCGGCUCUUUGGUGCAGGUCUCAGUGGGGAAAUUGUUGAAUACAACUUGGAGAAGCUGAAUGUCAAAUAUUCGUUGGAUGCUUUUGGAGGUCCUAUCUGGAGCAUGGUGGCUGAUCCAACUGGGACUCAAUUGGCGGUAGGUGCCCCUAGUAUCCCAGAGAGGGGCAGCUUGAAAAUGUGGUAAUGAAGUCUUGUGCUAGCAAGAGAACAUCCCUUAGAGGAGGGAAUAGCACCUGAUGAUUUAGAACAAUAAGGGGUGUAGAUCCAGGUAAGUAGCAGUGUUGGUCUGACGCAGUCAAAAUAUAUUAAAAAAUUAAAAAAAUUGUCCAGUAGCACUUUAGAGACCAACUAAGUUUGUUCUUGGUAUAAGCUUUCGUGUGCAUCUGAAGUAUCUGAAGAAGUGUAUCUGAAGAAGUAUGCAUGCACAGGAAAGCUUAUACCAAGAACAAACUUAGCUGGUCUCUAAGGUGCUACUGGACAAUUUUUUUUUUGUAUAUUUCAAUAAGGAAUAUUUUACCACAUCUAUAGAUGAUGCAAAACCAGAAAGCUAGCCGGCUUCUCAGAAGGCAGUGAUAAAACCCCAAAUGAUGUUAAUAGAAUGAUUACUGGGGGUGGGGGGAAUUCUGGGGAAAUGUAUUUAAAUAAAUAUAUUUUAUUGCAAGGCAGACAGUCCACAUCACCCCAGGACUGGGUGUAUUUAGCUUGUAUAGUCACAAUAUUUUGCAAAUUAGAAACAAAGAACUCAUAACACAUCCAUUAACUGCUGCAAGAACAACUAUUGCCAGGACAUGAAAAUCAUUGCAAUUAUUAACUAUGGACCAAUGGUAUAAUGCAAUUUAACAAACAGCAUUAUUGGAAAAAUUGACACAAAAAAUUGAAGUAGCAAGAGGCCAAAAGAAGCACAAUUUUUUAUCAGUAUGGUAUGACUUUAUUGAUUACACAAAUAAUGAGGCAUAUGGUACAACUAAUUAACAGCACAGUCUGGUGUGCAUUAAGUACAUAUUUUAAUUUUUCACCUCCCCUGCCUCCAUUUCCUAUAAAUUCCUAUAAAUUCUAAUUGUUAUUAAUACAAAAUACCUUUUACUUUUGGUCACCAAUCUAAGCAAUGCACUUUACUAUACAUCAUUUGAUAUCUGUAAUAACUAGUAAUUUUGGUAUAUACACUUUGACAGGAGGGUUUAUUUCACAUGCACAUUAGGAGAAGUUUAUUGACAGUUAGUGGAGUUUGACAAUUGGAUCGAUUACCUGCAGGGGUGGGCACUCCCUUGUCUCGGGUGUCUUCCAACAGGGGCUAGACAGCCAUCUCUCUCUAGGGGAUGCUCCUGCUCUCUGGAUUUCCAACAUCAAUCAGAGGUUUGGAUUAAACAGCUUAUAAAGCUCCUUUCAGCUCUUCGAUUUUCUGCAUUUCAUUCUCUUCUCCACUCAGUGUCCUGCUUCCUGAGGCUUAAAUUCUUUCCUUGUGAGUAGUAAGGUGCUUCUCCAGCACCAGCUUGGCAUCUGUUUCUGUGUUUGUGUUAUUGAUAAUCUUGUGUAGUUUGGUCAGUCAGAGCUCAAAUUAUUGGGCAAAGCCCUGGACUCUUGGCUGUCUAACAGACAGGAUUCUGAACAGGCUACUGACCCUCUCUCUUGUUCUUGCAGCUUGGCUGUGAUGAUGGAACCAUUAAGCUCUUCAACAUCUUACCAGAUAGAAUCGAGUUUGAGAGGCAGCUGGACCGACAGAAAGGUUGGUUGUGGGUGAGGGUGCAUGUGGGGGUCAUGAUCACCAACAGGAUGAGCUCUGAGUCCAUGUGCAGGAGGGGUAAAGGUAAAGGGACUCCUGACCAUUCGGUCCAGCCGUGACUGACUCUGGGGUUGAGGCGCUCAUCUCACUUUACUGGCCGAGGGAGCUGGCGUACAGCUUCUGGGUCAUGUGGCCAGCAGGACUAAGCCACUUCUGGAGAACCAGAGCAGCACAUGGAAACGCCGUUUACCUUCCCACCAGAGCGGUACCUAUUUAUCUACUUGCACUUUGACGUGCUUUCGAACUGCUAGGUUGGCAGGAGCAGGGACCGAGCAACGGGAGCUCACCCCGCCGCGGGGAUUCGAACCACCAACCUUUUGAUUGGCAAGUCCUAGUCUCUGUGGUUUAACCCACAGCGCCACCAGCAUCCCUUGCAGGAGGGGUAGGGAGCCUGAUUUCUUGUUGCUUGCAGAGGAAAGCCCCUUCAGGAUGCAAGGAGAGCACUUGGCUCAGUGGUAGAGCGCAUGCUUUGAAUGCACAGGGUCCCAGGUUCAGCCCCUGGCAUCCACAGGAAGGGUUGGGAACGUCUGAAAUCUUGGAGAGCCUCUGCCUGUCAUUUUGGAUAGCAAGGACCUAUAAAGACCAGUGGUCUGGUUUGGUAUAAGGCAGCUUCUUGUAUUUGCAUGUUCCUCUGAGCCUCACCUACCUGCCCCCACCCCCAAAAUGAGUUUGAGUCUUGGUACGUCUUAUAACUGAGACUCUCCUCUUCUGCCCCACCUUACCUUACAGGACGCACCCUGUCCCUUUCCUGGCAUCCAUCAGGGACCAAGAUCGUAGCUGGCUCCACUAACAUCAUCCGUGUCUUUGAUGUCAAAUCAGGUGAGUUCUGGAGUUAGGCAUGUUUUAUGCUGGGGCCAGGAAUAUGGUGUGUGUGCGUGUCAUCAGCUCAUCCAAACAAGCUUCACCUUCAUGAUUCUGGUCUGUGGUAGCCAUUAAGAAUCAAGGACUGCACCAUCUUGACUGUGUCCCUUCCAUACACCCAGGUUCAAUGGCAAGGAGAGGGCAAUACUGGCUGCCUUGCCCAAAGCUGGUGAACUCCCAUUAGAGAGGGACCCAUAAUUCAGUGACAGAGCACAUGUUUUGCAAUCCAAAGAUGUUAGGUUCAAUUCCUGGCACCUCCACUUUGAUGGUGCAUUAUGGGAAAGAGCCUCUGCUCUGCCUGGAGAGCAGGGUUUGCCAGCCUUUGGGGGCUUGUGGGCAUAUUUGCAUACUGCAGAAACUCUUGCAGGCAUCGUAUACAUGCUGUAGCAUAUUCUGUUGCAGGUGUGGGGAACCUUUAACCUUCCAGAUGUGGCUGAGCUACAACUCCCAUCAGCCCCAGCUAGCAUGGCCAGUUGCCGGGGGUGAUGGGAGUUAUACUUCAGCAACAUCUGGAGGGCCAGAGUUUCCUCACACCUCUUCUGUUGGCUACAACAGGGUGCUUCUUUCAGUCCUCAUUUCAGCAGGAGGAGGAACCCUGGGUAGGCAGAGGUGCACCCACUGGUGCCAUGUUGGUGACCCUCCCCAUAGCGCCCUGUUAGCAUUUUCUUAAGGCCUUGUAAAGGCCUGUUUGGUUUGGGGUGACUGUUGGCAGCUGAGGCUAAGCAGACCCUGAGCGAGCCUGGUGCCUCCUUUGCAGGCCAUGCUGUCCAGCGGAUCCUCGUGGACCGGUGCUUCAAAGGGUCCCGCAAGCGGUUGCCUGUGGUGGUGUGGGACAUACUCUUCCUUUCGGAUGGCACAAUUGUCAGCGCGGACUCUGCUGGGAAGGUGCAGUUCUGGGACUCGGAGAUGGGGACUCUGCUGUGGAGCCACCCUGUCAGCAAGUCAGCCGUGCUUUGCCUGGCUGGGUCUGAGGUAAGUUGCAUGUUAAAGGCAGAGCAGCAACACUGGGGGUGGGGGAGGGUGGCAGCGUUUGCUUGAGUUUGACAAGCAGAAAGGAAAGCAGGAGUCACUUAUGUGGCAGGACAGGGGGAGUGUGAAAUUGAGCUGCAGAAUAACAACAGUCCAAGAUUUGGAAAGUUGCAACCCAAGGCAAACUUUCUUACUCCUAAGAGGGAAGAUAGACAGCUAUCCUAGGGGAUUGUGUGAGCAGAGUCCUCAUUGGAGGGCAGCUUAUUCCCAAGCAGCCUUUGCCAACUGUGGCGCUGAUGGGAGCUGUAGUCCACCAGAUCUGGAGGGUCCCAGGUUGGCGAAGGUUGCUCUUGAACUCUUGGCCCUGUGAUGAUAUGAUGCUAGCUAUCAGAAAUUCAUUUAAAUCAAGACUUUGUGGCAGAUAAAAGCACUUUGUGUGUUAUCCAGAGCCUCUAAAAACCAGAGUGUGUACAUGUGGCCAUUCAGGGAAAUGACAUUGUUCUGUGCUGAAUCUGAGCUUGACUGGGACAUCCACCUGACCAGUGUUGGUGGCCAGGAGGCUGAGCUUGAUGGAUCUAUGGUCUGACCCAACAUGGCAGCCCUUGGUCUGUGUAAUGUGACUUCAGUGUGCGGUCAGUUCACUUAUUUUCAUUGCAUGAGGUUCUGCAUCGACCUGUUCUCUGCCAUUAAUACUUCCUCCCUGCAAACCUUUAGCUUGCCCAACUUUCUCCACAGGCAGAAGACAGUAUUGUGGUUGGCACUUCGGAGGGGAUAGUAUAUCAGUUCCAGCUGCUACCGGUUAAGCUAGACAGUGCUGAGCUCCAGUGGGUGCGAACAAGGCCCUUUAAGCACCACACCCAUGAUGUGCGGACAGUAGCACAUCUUGCAACAACAUUCAUCUCUGGAGGUAGAGUUCACUGCAAUCUUUUGUGUGUGUGUGUGUGUGUUUGAUUGCUUUGUGGUAAAGUACCUGCUUUCCAUACAGAAGUUCAUGGGUUCCAUCCCCAGAUGCCCAUUUAAAAAGGACCACGUAGGUAGGAGGUGAUGGGAAAGGCCUCCCUCUGCCUCCUGAGACCAAAUCAAAGUAGACAACAUUGGUCCAAGUCACUGGUCUUCAACUAAUGGGUCACUGUCUGAUCCAAGGUGGGUCACAACACGAGCACUUCCACUAUGCAAAUACAGUGGUACCUCUGGAUGCGAACGGGAUCCAUUCCGGAGCCCCGUUCGCAUCCUGAAGCGAACGUACGAUGCGAGUGCGCGGGUCGCGUUUCACUGUGCAUGCACGUGACGUCAUUUUGAGCGUCUGUGCAUGCACAAGCAGUGAAACCCGGAAGUAACAGGCUCUGUUACUUUCGGGUCGCCGCGGAGCGCAACCUGAAAAUAUUUAAGCUGAAUUGUAAUCAUCCCGAGGUAUGACUGUAUAUGGCAAAAGAUUAAGGAAUUGGUCCCCAAAACAUAUUUGGGUUAAAAGCAGGUCCUUGGUGUGAGAAGGUUGAAAACGACUGGUCUAGGAGAACCAGUAGUCUGAUCUGAUGUGUGCACAUACCGCCUAUAGAGGGUGCUGUGAUCUGUUGCAUCUUGGCCAGGUUUGCAUCCCCAUUUAUUUAAUUUAUAUCCCAGUUUUUGCUCCCAAGUUGCUCAAGGUUCUGGUGCAUCUGGUUCUCCUCAUUUAAUCCUCACAACAACCCUGUGAGGUAGGUUAGGCUAAGAGAUAGUGACUGACUGAAGGCCACCCAGCGAUCUUUAUGGCCGAGUGGGGAUUUGUAACCACUAUACCACCCUGGCUUUUUCCCUUCUCAUUUAGGUCUGGACGGGGAACUUGUGAUCCGACAAUUCAUGGAGAAUUUGGAUCCCAAGUCUAAUGAAUCUACCCUCCAGAGAGUCACCUUCCCUCACGUGAGUAGCGGGAUUGACGCCUGCUAUCUAGCAAUGCCUUCUCUUCUCACAGAUGGCUUCGCAUAGCUUCUUCCUUCCUGCAGUGGUCCUGUGCACUAGAAGGACGCAGGGGCAAGCCAUGCAAACUCUGCUCCCCCACCCCACUUCUCACCUGCCACUUCCUUUCCCUCUCGCAGAGGUGCCUUGUCUCCUGUGCCCGGAUAGCCCGCCUCCUCCUCUUCCAAUACGCAAAACACCUGGAGCUUUGGCGACUUGGAGCCACCAACACAGCAGGUGAGAGCAAACGUUGCUUUCAGAGCCUUGAUGGUCUUGUGUGUUUGAGGUGCCCCUAGAGGAGACAUGUCCCUUGGUCACCUGGGCCUGUGUUGAGCUCCAGGCUGCCCUUUCCAGCAGGUGCAGCAAGAGCUUUGGGCUGCUGGGAAGCUUGGCAGUCCCCUCACAUAUUAGGACAUCCUAGAGAGACUUGAUGUGUAAAGAUGCUCUUGGUUCUUGUUCCAGGAAAGGCUGGUGAAGUCCUGCCUGUCUCCUGUCCCCCAGAACACCUUCUCCAGCUCAAGGCCAAGGUGAGGGAGCCAUGAUUUCUUGUCCCCUCUUGAUUGUGGAUGCUUCAGAUUCUCAACAUGCCCCGUGGGCAUGAAUUGUGCAGGAAAUAUCUCCACUUCAGAUACAAACAGUUUUGUGCAAAAGCAGGCUAUGGGGGUUUUUUUAGCAUUAGAACAAAGAGGAGACAGUCUCUUGUGCUCCCUGAAAUAAGAUGUUUAUUUAGCUCAAUGCAUUUCAGAGUUGAGCCUGCAAAUGCUUGCAAAUUCCUUGAACCUUAAAGAGACUUCUUCUGGACACCUGAACUGAAAAGAGCUUCAAAAAAUCUACAAGACUUUCUGGAUACAGAAAUAAAGAAAACAUCUUACAGCCUCAUAGUUUGAAACUGCUUUUAGUUCAGGCAUACAGAGUAAGUAUUUGUUUCUUUAAGGAUCAAGGAAUUUACAAGCAUUCACAGCUCCUGGUGAAGGAGUUUCAACUCUGAAACAUGUUGAACUAAAUAAACGUCUUAUUUCAGGGAGCACAAGAGCCUGUCUCUUCCCUGUUCAGCUGGCCCUGGUGCUUCCCCCUCUGCUUUUCUGCUUGCUAUGGUUCCCCUACAUCUGCUUAACUCUAGUUGUUCCCAAGCCAACUCAAAUCAAGGCAAUCUUGCAACAUGUUGAUUUUGCUGAGUCUCCGGAUGUGGCAAGACCCACCGUUUCCUGAGGGUGUGGCCCCACAUGUUCAUCUCUCUUAGUCCCCUGUAUCUUUUUGGAGGAACCUAACUUGGCUUCUCCCUUCAUCUGGAUUCCUUCCUAGGACCCUGAGCACAUUGCCAGCAGCUGCGUCUCACCCUGUGGCUCCUGGAUUGCCUACUCCACAACUUCCAGGUUCUAUCUGCACCAGGUCCAGCUCAGCAGCGACCAUAUUGCUAUCAAGAGGGUGAGUGAGAAUUCUGCAGGGUGGAGACUCUGGCCUGGGUGUUCUGGUCUGGGGCAUGCUAGAGCAUCAUCCGGGAAAGCUGAAUGUUGGGAGAUUCUGGACAGACAAAAGGAAGAACUUCUUCACACAGGGCAUAGGUAGAUGAUGGAGUCGGCUGCCGCAGGUUGUAGUAAUGGCCAAUAACUUGCAUGGUUUCAAAGGGGGAUCAGUCAGAUCUGUGUAGGAUAAGGCUAUGAAUGGCUACUAGCUAUGAUGACUGUGCACAUGACCCCCCCCCCCCCAAGUAUUGGAGGCAGUCUACCUUUGAAGGCAUAUUGCUGGGGAUUAUGAGCAAGGAAUGUUGCACUUGGUCCUGCUUGUGGUCUUCUUCCCUUUGGGGCAUCUGAUUGGCCCCUGAGAGAACAGGAGGCUGGACUAGGUGGGCUGAUCCAGCUCUAGGACUCUUAGUUAUUUAUUUCAUUUCAGCAAUUUAGAUACAGCUUAAGUACAGUAGUCUCUAAGCAGUUUACACGGAUGCAAUCCAAAAAAAGUAAAAAUCAGAUUAAAUGAUAAAAUUAUUAUGUUCUUUUAAGAUUUUGUAGCUUAUUCUUAUAAGUUGAUGGAAGGAACAGGAAAUGCUUUUCUAGACUUCUCCAAGUGAGCCUCCUUGGGGGAAAGGGGGUUGGGGGAGGGGGAGGUGGGGCCUCAGGGUAGAGCUGGCCACACUGACCCUUAACCCUUGCCUUCCCAAAGGUUGCUAAGAUUCCAAAGGGGAUUCGCUCAGCCCACCACCUCCUUUUCUCUGAGGACUCCACCAGGCUCUUUGUGGCAUCGGACCAAGGCUCUGUGCACAUCCUCAAGCUCUUGCAGUCAGGAGUCUGCAAACACCUGCACAUCCUCCGCCCUAGCUCAGGUAAGAUUGGCUUUUUGGAGAGCAGGACAUACUUACCAGCACUGGGAUUAGGGCAGAUGAGUGGCUUUUGAAGUGACAUUUUAAAGUGAAGCCAGGGUAAAAAAAAAUGUCUGUAGAUACACACAUUCAUACACAUGCAUUUAAAACUUUUGAAACCCACUUUCCUCAUGCAGAGACGUCAGAAGCUGCAUACCUGCUGGCAGCUAGUGCCAACGGCCAGUGGUUAGCUACAGCUAGUGGUGAUCGGGCAGUCAACAUCUACAACUUGGAAGAUGCCAAGGUGAGCCAAGCAGAACCUGCCUGCAGUGGUGAGAGGUUGAACCUGCUUGGUCUGAAAAAGUGAAGCAGGUUCAUCAGGUCUCUUUGCUGCAUCCUCACCAUGAGGGUGGUUGAGAGUUCUGAGAGCCUUCUGGGCUCCUGCUGUGCAAUGAUACGGCCCCAGAUGAAGGGAAGAGGGCAGCCUGGGCCACCUGGGUGGGAGGAAGCCUUGGUGAACCCCACUGUCUCUCUCUUGUCCAGCCUCAUUGCACGGUGCCUGCAUAUGACUGCCCGGUGACUGCUUUGGCCAUUCACCCAGGGACCAAUAAUGUUGUGAUCGUCCACUCAGAUCAGCAGGUAAGACCUUCACAGCCAACCUCACCUCCCAAGCCUCACUAGGCACACAGAGAAUCCUGGGGUGCGGGGGGGGGGGAGAAGUUUGCUCCAUCUGUGUGCACAAGAGUUUUGCCCCCACUAUUGCAGUCAGUCCCAAUUGCUCACAAGGAGGAUAGUGGUGGGAAGAACCUGGGAAUCGUUUCCCUGGUACAAGUGUAGGGACCGCCAGCGGUGUAAGUUCUGGAUCCAAGGCAGCUGAAAUGUCUUGUUUCCACUGGAGAGGUUACUUUGCUCUUUGCUUAUUAUUGUGUAUGUAGCCCACCCUUCACCAAAGGGUCCCAGAGCGGCUUAGAGAAAUAUUACAGGCAGGUGCUGCUUGGGGGCUUCCCUUUGGGGCAGCUGUUUGGUUGCUGUGAGAACAGGAUGCUGGACUAGGUGGGCCCCCUUUGGCCUGAUCCAGCAGUCAGGCUCUGUUAAGUUCACUAUUAAAAACAAAUGCAGCUUGCCAUUCAAACAAUAAAACAGAACCACAAAACAGUGAUGUCAAAAUAACAGAAGUCAGCAUAGAACUGCAGCACAUAGCGAUGCAGGAGGAGGGAAGAUGUCUACUCAGCCAAAGGCCUCCUGGGUCAGGUGAUGUGUCCUGACUAAUCAAUUAAAAGCAUGCAGUGCACAGAGACAAGCCCCAGAGGGGAGGGCAUUCCACAACCUGGGAGCCACUACAGGGAAAGCCCUCUCACUGACUGCCCCCUCGAAAGCCUCUCUUCUGAUCAUCCACCAGAGUGACCAAGGUAGUUUUGGUGCUGUAUCCGGGUGUGAAGCCUGAUUAAGUGUGUCUAGAUCAAUAUUAUUUGCAGUUCUGCAACAAAAACCAGUUCUUUGCUAUUAUGAUUGAAGGCGAGCUACAGGCCAGGGUGUUUCUAUUCCAGGGAAGUCCAAAAUUUGGCAUCCCGGAGGUGGCGGGGGAGAUUCACUUUUGUUUUUUUUCUAUGAUCCAUCUCUAGGGUAACCUUUGCCAACCAGAAGUUUUAAACUACAGUUCCCAUCAGCCCAAGGCAACACAGCUGGGCAGCUCCAGCAUCUUGUGGCCAUGCUGCCUGGGGCAGAUGGGGGUUGUACCCCAAAAUCUCUGCAAGGCACCAACUGGUGAAGCUUGAUGUCGUGCUUUAUGGGGCUGAGCCCCUGCUUAACAGAGCUGCUGCUCCAGCCCUCUGUUGUUUGUCUUCCUCUUUCCCAGAUGUUUGAGUUCAGCAUCACCAACAAAGAAUACACCCCCUGGAGCCGGAAGAUACAGAAGCUCGGGCUGCCCAAGCAUUGGCAGAAACGGGAGACACCCAUCACCCACAUUGCCUUCAGCCCCCGGCAGGCCUCCCACAUUCUGCUGCAUGACACAUUCAUGUUCUGCAUCCUGGAUAGGUCCACGGUGAGGAAGGUUCCAGCACCAGCCCAUUGGCAGUUUGCCACACAAGGGUGCACAGCACCUGCCGUUGUCUGAGCCACUGGUCACAUCCAGCCCAUUCCUAGACUUGUCUGCAAGGGUACCAGGGCGAGGAAUGCCCAAAAGCUCAGUGGCAGAGCGCGUGCUUUGCAUUACAAGAGGAUCAGGUGGCAGGUACUGAGAGGUCUUGCUUUGGUGGGGCCUCACCUGGAGUCGCUGUGUCCCAUUCUUGGACACCACAAUUUGCUACAGAAAGAUGGAAUGUGGCAGAGGAGAGUGGUAAAAGUGGCGAGGGGCCUGGAGAAAGUCCUUUGAGGAAAGCGCUGGAAAGGGCUGGUGUAGAGUGGGGAAGAUUUUCCAUUCAGAGUAGGUGAUCCAUCGAACCAAUGGGUUCAAAUGUCAAGGAAGAGGAUUUUGGUCACAUCCACACCAUACAUGGCUUCCCCCAAAUAUUUUUAAUUUUCUGCUCGCAGACCAACAAUUCCCAGCAAUCUUCGCAAACUACAGUUCCCAGGAUUCUUGGGGAGGGGGGAAGCCACAUGGUUUAAAUGUGCUUGAAGGGUAUGGUGUUGAAGUUCUUUCAGCUAAAUGUUAGGAAGGAAAUCCUAGCAGUGGGUGGUAUUAAACACUAGUCCUACUCAUAGGUACACUAAGUUAAUGGACAUGACUAAUCUAGGUAUGUCUACUCAUGAGUUGAAUACCACCCAGUUAGAGCUGUUUGGAACCAGCAGGGAGGUAGCAGGCUCUCCUUCAUUACAGGUUUUUAUGCAGAGGCUGGAUGGAAACCUGUCAAGGAUGCCAAGGGCAUGGCUUUCCUGCAUCCUCAGAGGGUUGGACGAUGACCUUUUGAGCCCCCUUCCAACUUUUAUGAUUCUGUAUGGCCAGGACCCUGGAGAGCUGCUGCCAAUCAUAAUAGACAGGUGGACCACCAGUUAGAAUAAGGGACCAUCACAGGUUCAAACAUCACCUCUGGGUCAGUGAUGGCACAUCCAUUUUGUCCUGGUAGGGAGACUUCUGUAGGUUACAAUCAUGGAAGUUUGGGGGGAGGUGGGGGCGCAAAGCUGGCUGACAUGUCUAAGAAAGGCUCCGGGAGUCUGGAGAGGAUUACAGAUUGCUCCAGCUCAUAGGCUACAAUAGGUAGACCUGGAGGCUGCUUCCAGCAGGGGGACUUAGCUGGGUCAUUUUUGUCCUGGCAAAGAGUGCAACACAGCUCUGAGGCAAAUUAGCUGCACUGCUUGUUCUCCACAGCUUUGUGAAACGGGAUAUGACCGGAAACAUCUGUGAAGCUGACAACCACAGCUUCCUUGUGCCCUCAGUAACACUGCCUUUUCUCUCUCCAGUCGCAGCCUGAUGACUCUGCCUUCUUGAAUGACCAGCAGUCCCAUGCACAGUUCUCCAAGGUUGCUCCCUGUGGCUCCAGGCCCUUCAAGUUCUGCAGAAAGUACCAGGUUCGUCUUUGUGCAUCUGCACCCCACCCCACUGGACCCAGGAGAGGCAAAAGGAAACACCCCCCCCCAACACAGUGCAUGGUUCAGGGAUGCAGGGAGCUGCCAUCAGGUCUGGAGCUGGCUGAGAGGACUCUGAAAGUGGGUUUUACAAAUCCAUGGAGAAACGUUUGGGGAGUACCAGCAAUGCCCUGACCAGGGUGCUGGCAUGGUUGAAGGCUGACCCUGGCCUGACCAGAAGCAGAGUGCUUCCAGCCUCAAAACAGCCCUGCUGGACCAGACCAAAGGAGACCAUUUAGCCCAUUGUCCUGUUCUCACACCGGCCAACUAGUUGCUCCAAAGGGAAGCCCACAAGCAGGACCUGAGUGCAACAGCAGCCCUCUCCCCUUGUGGUUCCCAGCAGCAGGCAUUAUUCAGAAGGAUAUUGCCUCUGACAGUGGACUGAGAACAUAGCCUUCUUCUCUUCCAUGAAUUUGCCUACUUCUCUUUUAAAGCCAGGCACGAUGGGGCCAUCACUACUCCAAGCCAUGCUCCGGUUGGCUUGGCAAUGAAGCUGGUGCCUCUGGGUCGGAGAGAGGUGCAUCUGUGGCAGGGAAGUACAGCUUCAUUGCCAAGGCCGCAGAGCUGUUUCCUCUGUUGCUAGAAAAUCCAGGUGUCCCAUAAGGAGCAGGACUGCUGUUAAGCCUGCCGGCCUAUUUUUCAAAUCCCAAGUAGCCACAUGGCACAAGGAGGGGUGUGUCAGUCCCACAUUACACUGAGCACAAUGAGAGAGCAAUAAAUGACGGAAGACAACAGGCAUCAUAAGCCCAUGGCCUUUGAUUUCUUGAACAAGGGUGGCAGAGGCAAAAAGGGUGAGUGUGGCGAGACUCUAUCUCCAACACAAGGGGGAGAAGUCUCCCAGUGGCUACUAAAAGCACCAUCCUUCCUGUUCAGAGGCAGCUUGUUGCUUAACACCAGGGAGUAUCAACAGAGCAGAUGAGAGACAUUUGAUUGACCACUGUAGGCUAUGGGAUGCCAGAGUAGAUGGCUUCCCUUGGUCUGAUUCAACAGGGCUCUCUUUAGGUAUUGAUGUGAGUGUCCUGGAAUGGCUUUGAGAAGGGCUUUUGCUGCUGGCCUAUCUGGGCAGCUGAUAUUUUGUGGCCUGAAAAUAAUUGCAUGUCUGCAGGCAACCUGUGUUGGGCGCAAGAUGACACCCCAUCUUGAUCCCAUUCUGUCCAAAGAUUGCCAGCUGCCAACCUCUGCUUAUUCUAACUCUCCUCCUUUUUCCUUCCCCCUGGCAGCCUUUGCUGUUUGUGGACCUGUUGGAUAAUAAUUGCCUGGUGGUGGUGGAGCGGUCUCUGGCAGACAUCAAGGCGCAGCUGCCCCCGCCUGUCUAUCUAAAGAAGUUUGGCACGUAAAGGCACCUGUCCCAGCCCUGCCAUGGCUGUGGCUGUUCCAUGCAAGGACUGUCAAGCAGGAAAAGAGCAAAAACCUGCAAGGCGGCAGUGUUGCCCUCCCAACUGCGAUAGUCCAGAGAAGCAACAGCUCAGGUGGGCUGAAAGCAUCCCCUCUCCUCCUCCUCCUCCUCCCCCCUUCUGAUCCAAAGCAAGUGAAUGACUGGAGAGACAACCAGCAGGUCUUGGGAACCCGGCCAACUCCCAUGCCUCCUUCCUCCUCCCCUCCUCUGGGCCCUUGAGCUCGCUCCUUUCCUCCGCAGCGUUAUCAGGCUGACGAAGUUGGCUUUGACCUUGGGAUCUAGGCUGGAAUGAAUGUUCUUCUCAGUCAAUGAUUAACCUCCAAGAUACCAGCAAAGACUCCACAAUUAGCUUUGAACCUGAAUGGGUGGAAGUCAGCAGAAGGGGCCAGGCUGCUAUGGAAGAGACUCGUCUGCCGGUGCCUUUGUUUGUCCCUUUUUAAUAAUAAAAAAGAGCACUUGGCAUUUGUACAGGGCUUUUGAGUGUUCAAAGUGCUUCACCCACGUUACACAAUGCCCCUUGGAAGGUGGGUCAGUAUCGCUGAAGGCGAGACAGAGGGAGGAGGCCAGCCUAGCACUGCCGCGGCAAGAUUUGAAAUGGGGGACUUGCUAAUUUUUUCCACUCAAUUUCUUGGCUGCUGCACAGGCUGAGCAUGUAUUAGAGCGAGUGUCCUUGCAGGGGUCCUCCCCAGUCUCAGUCUACCAUGUGCCUGUCUCUGCUCCUCCAAAUGGCUAUGGUGGCAGCAAAUUCUAGUACUCUCCCAGACUAGGCAAACUGGUUUCAGCCCCAUCAAGCAGAAACCAUGAGUCCAGCCAGUGAAGAAGAACAAUGCUUUGCCUGACCUUGACGUCUGUGUUUCUCCUGAAGUGGGGGCGGUGAUGGUCCUAAGUUUCCAGAAUUCCUGAGGGGGUGAGAAGGAAGUGGCUACAGGGCUGAAAUGAUAUGUUUUGAGUUUCAGGGUGGGGGUGAGGAGAGAGUAGCGUUAUGCUGCUGGGUGAAGCUGUUGGACUGAUAGCCUGCUGUGUCCUUCGCUGUAAUUGAAAUGAUCAAAAUAAAUCUGACUGAAGAUGGGCUUGACUCGAGUGCCGUCUCUCUUCCAGCUGUGAGCUUUCCUUCCUUGCCUGUUUUCCUUCAUGUUCUUUUCUAGGUGUCAGAUGACAGUCUUGUAGUCAUGGCACUGUAGUUAUUGUUGUAUAGAUUUAUUGCAUAGAUUGAGCCUGUUUGUUUGUUUUUAAAUCCAGUGGCCAUUUUGAAGAAAACAAACCACGCUUAUUAGAUACUGAAUUGUUUGUUCUCUCAACACAAGAACAUUACAAUUCAGAAAUAAUUAUUUUAAAUAAAGACAAUUCCAUACGUUC